CAACUCGGCUUGGGGCAAAGCUUUGGGCUUUGUGUGUUUUACAUUUAAUUUGUUUUGGGUUCUUUUCGUUUGUUUUCAUCAAUUUCUAUAUUUAUUUUUCAUAAAUUCAAAUACCAGUAAACAUGGCCACUCGGUGCACUUACGGUCCACCCGAUUCAGACUCUGAUGAAAGCUACGAUGGUUUUGUGUUUUCCGAUCAGAUACAACCGAAGAAGCGUGAAAUAUAUGUAGCUCCUGACCAGCGUCUCUAUGAUUCUCUUUUUACUGGUGAUGUGACAGCUGUAGCCGAGGAAAUCAAAUCUCUACGUUUUCGGAUUAAUGCACGUUUCCGUGGUGGCUAUACCAUGCUGAUGCAUGCCUGUCGCGAGGGACAUUAUGAAUUGGUCGAGUAUCUGAUUAAGGAAUGCUCCGCUUCCGUCAAUAUGAACGUGGAUUCGGUUACAGCCCUAAUGCUCGCAUGUGAUAGCACUCGUUCAGAUGGUGAGAUAGUUGAGAAAAUCGUGCGCCUUCUGCUCGACCAUGGAGCUGAAAUCAAUGCAGCGGAUCAAUAUGGUAGGACUGCGUUUAUGUACGCCUGUCGCGGUGGUUUUAUUGGUGCUGUGCGUCUUUUGAUUGAUCAUGUUGACGAAAAUGCAGUCGAUAAUUAUGGAUAUACUGCCUUGUUUCAUGCCAUUGAAAAGAAUCAACAGGAGAUUGUGAAAUUGUUGGUCGAAAAUGGUAUAAAUCUCACUAUGGUUAAUAGUAGUGGUUAUACACCGGCUCAGGUGGCCGAAUUCCAUGGUUUUAAUGAUUUACUCGAAUGGCUGCCACGACCAAAGGAAACUUAUUUAGUGCCCUCGAAUUAUUUAAGUUACAAUUCUUUAAGUGAUAUUGUACCACGAAUUUUUCUAAAGACCGAUUGCCCAGAAUAUUUUCAAGAUAUUAAUAGUAUUCUCAGUACAAUUAAUAUGGAAAAACAAUUGGAACAUUUUGCAAAGGCCAAAACCUCUCUGGCCGAAUUUUUAACAAUGGACGCAUCCAAGCUUAAGGAUGUGGGUAUUAUGUUGCCUAUUUAUCGCACAAAAAUUUUAAAAGUUAUCUUAGAUUUUCAUCUUCAUCAUUGGACCUGCAAGAGCAUAGCCAGAGUCAAGAAGAAUGGCACCGAUAAUUUCUAUGAGAUACUUCUCUUGACGGCCAAUCAUUUGCAGCAUUUGGUUAUCAUUCAAUCCUCUUUGCGUUUCGUCAAACAAAAUCUAUUAAAGAAUGAAUUGGGAGAACUUACUGAUGUCGAUCUAAUUAAACUGGAGAACAGCCUAAAGGCUUAUCGCUCUAUCGUAAAGGACUUGACACGAACAACUGAAUAUCUUGGUUCUUUUAGCCCAAAGCAGAAUCCUUUGUAUAUCGAUUACCCGGAAAUGUUGGCCGAACGUAAGCGUAAAAAAGUACGCAGUUAUUUUAAAUACACCAUUAUUUUGGGCAUUUCUGUAUAUAUUUGCUUUAAAUGUAAAUGGUUGUUGUAGUAUGACACAUAAAAAAUCAAAUUCCAGUACAAAAUAAUACUUAAUUAUAUU